AUGCAGCCCACGCCCACCAUGGCCCCUGCCGCCAGCACCACGGCCACGGUUGCCCUGACCUCGAGGUGGGACAACGCCACCGGCAGCCCCACCGCGGAGCCUGACCCCAUCCUGGACAACUACGCGCUGCUGGUGGUGGUCAUGUCGCUCUUCAUCGGUGGUGCGCUAGUGGUUCUGUCUGGCGUGCUGCUGCUGUGCAGGCGCUGCUGGGAGGCCCACCGGCGCUUCAACAGAGCGACGGAGGAAGCAGAGAAGACCACCACUACCUACCUGGACAAUGGUGCUCACCCGGCCCAAGACCCCGACUUCAGUGGGGAGGACCCUGAGGGCCAGGAUGCAGAGACGGAGCGCUUCCUGUCCACCAGCUACACCGGCCGCCGGGUGUCCUUCAAUGAGGCAGCCCUGUUUGAGCAGAGCCGCAAGUCACAGGACAAGGGCCGCCGGUACACCCUGACGGAGGGGGAUUUCCACCACCUGAAGAAUGCCCGCCUCACUCACCUGCACCUACCACCUCUCAAGAUCAUCACAAUCCAUGAGUGCGAUCUGGGUGAAGCCAGCACCACCACCCCCCCCAAGGCCAACCUCGCCAUAUUCCAGCCCCCGGGGAAGGCCCUCACCGGCCGCUCCGUGGGCCCCAGCUCCACCCUGCCAGGUGACCCCUACAACUCAGCCGUGGGCCCUGCUGACUUCGAGAUCAGCCCCUUGGCAUCCAGCGACUCCGGGGAAGGCACCUGGUUGGAGGCAGGUACCAGGAGCACUAAGCCUGUCGGGCCAGGGGCCACGACAGGGCCCGGAGAGGCAGGCCCAGGCUCCGGGGCCGGGCCUGUCCUGCAGUUCUUUACCCGCCUGCGGCGACAUGCCAGCCUGGAUGGGGCCAGCCCCUACUUUAAGGUCAAGAAAUGGAAGCUGGACCCCAGCCAACGGGCAUCCAGUCUGGACACUAGAGGCUCCCCCAAGCGGCACCACUUCCAGCGGCAGCGAGCCGCCAGCGAGAGCACAGAGCAGGAGGAGGGGGACGCCCCCCACAUGGACUUCAUCCAAUACAUCGCCAGCGCAGGCGACGCUGUGGCCUUCCCGCCCCCCCACCCCUUUCUGGCCAGCCCCACCAGCCCAUCCCCCACUCUCGGCAGGUAUUUUUCAGUAGAUAGAAGUGCCAGGGGUGGACCUGUGGGCCCCAGCCCUGCCCAGUCCCCGCCCCAUUGUCCUGGGGAGGGCUCUCCCCACCCUGCAGACAUGUGGUUACAGUCUUCCAGUCCCACCACCCCUCCCAGAGGCUGCCUCACUGGGGCCACCUCUCCAGCAUGCAUUGCAAGAGGGAAACAGGGGGAGACAGGGUAA